CAAGAUAAGCAUUUUCAAGUUAAUAUUGCGCGGAUAAACCAUACAAUGGAAAUUUGCCAUCGUGUGUUUUUUGUCGUAGGGGCUUUUAUUUUUACUACUGUUGUGGCAGAAGUCGAAGAUUCCAACCAAAGUACACGAGAACCUUAUCAGUGUUGCAGUUCUACGUCCAUUUUAAUGAAUGAUUCAGUAAAAAGCGACAAUUGUGCAACAGGAUUUUACGGGCCGAAAUGCGAAUUUUCAUGCCGCCACCCAAACUAUGGGGAACUGUGCCAGUUAAAAUGCGAAUGUAAAGAGCAAUAUUGUAAUCACAUUACAGGCUGUCGAGAAGAUCCUUGUUCGUCAACAAAAAGAUCCAGUACCAAUGAGGCCAUGAUGAUCUCUACAAUAGUAUUUACACUGAUUGCAGUCAUCCAGUUUUCUGCUUAUCUAAGUCUUAGGUUUAUUCAUAAAGUCCAAUGAGUUUGUAAUGAUUGAAAUUAAUGGUUAAGUUUGACUUUACUUAGAUAAUUGCUUUUGAACAUUGCAUUU